UUGACUGCAAAGCUAUUAGGUCGUGGAGUAGCUGUUUCACCAGUUGUUACCGUAGAGCCAAGAAGACGAAAAUUCCAUAAGGCCAUAACUCUUAGCAUGCCAGCCCCUAGACCACACACCCAAGGAAUGACCAAUCAAUACAGUACAUCAUCAGCGCCAACCUUGAGACUUCUUUGUUCAAUAUCAGGUGGAACCAACAGGGCGCAUUGGGAAGAUGUCACUGAAAAUACUCCGUUGACGUUCGUAAAUGACUGUGUAUCUUUCACAACUACGGUCUCUGCACGCUAUUGGCUCAUUGAUUGUCGACAUGUGGAAGACGCUACAAAAAUGGCUACUGAAUUAUACCGGGAAGCAAUCCACGUUCCGUUUAUGUCACGAUUUGUGGUCUACGCGAAACGAACCGAUGAAUGUCAAGCGCAGCUUCGUAUGUUCUGCGUCACUGAUGAUAAAGAAGACAAAGCCUUGGAGCGAAUUGAAAGAUUCAUUCAAGUUGCGAAGAGCCGUGACGUAGAGGUACAUGAAGGUAAACCCGUGUAUUUAGAAUUUGGAGGCAACUUAGUUCCUGUGGCUAAAUCAGGCGAACAACUUUCGAUACCGUUCCGAGCUUUCCGUGAAAACCGUGUCGCUUUCCCGGUUAUGAUUAAGACUCAAGACCUGGAGCCCAUCUGCAGGUGUCAGUUUAUGAGGGAUCCAAAAGUACCUAAAGGGGAACCAUCACCAACACCUAUCGCUAUUCUGAAUAUCAUGGUGCCGGAUGAUUUACCAGUUGAAAGAAUCUCACCAGUACCAAUGGAUAUGAUGCCGCGCCGCACAGAAGAACAGGAACUCAUAUGGAGACAGAGGCUUCGAGAUCCUAGACUGGAAGAUAUUUGUAACCUGUUAGGCAAAGACUGGGUGGCUUUGGCAUACGAACUCGGUGUGAGUGUUGCAACUGUCAAUCAAAUACAAGCGAAAAGGAUAACAGCGGCCGAACAGGCCCAGCUUAUGCUUAAACUUUGGAAGACUCAAUCAGGAACUAAAGCACAUGAUAAUUCAAUAGAACUUGCGCUUUGUCGUAUUGGAAGAGACGAUAUCAUUGCACCGCAAUCUGAACUGAUAAAUGAAAGACGUAUUCAAAGGAAUAUAUAUCAAGAAAGACAAGCUUCUGAGGAAAUAGAAGCGUACAAAGCCGAAGAAGAUAAUAAACUAAAGGAGAGUACAUAUGACGAUAGUGAGAUCGCAGAACAUUCACGCACAGAGGACUUAGAUCAGGAUGAAGCCAAGUACUCUCCUGAAGAAAAAUCAAUAUUAGACAAAAGCGAAAUGGAUAGAACACCAACGCCUAGCGAAGAGAGCGAGGAAGAUGAAGAUGUCAAGCGUAGUGUGGCUGAAAGAAAGGAGCAGAUAACAAAGAAACUCAGCUCCAGUAAAAUCCCGGCUUCUAAACAGAAGAAGGAAUUGCGGGAGGAGAUCAUUGAAAUAAAAACUCAAAUCAAGCCCGAUAUAAAGAAGUUUCAAGAUAUUGAACAACAGGUUAAGGCCGAGCCUAGAAAGGACCAUAUAAAACAUAAACAAACAGUUCAUGCUGAUAGUGAAAGGGAAACAGAAAUCCAUAGGGAACAAGUUAUAAAAGAAAAAACAGAAGAGGUGAAAGUAGAAAGGACAGAUCAAUUUAGGAAAUAUGAUCCUUCAUCACCAGGUAAACCAACACCUAAGCAUUUACAAAGGCAUAUGCGUAAUGAAUCUAUGAGAUUCCCCUCGGGUGACUUCUCAAAUGUCACAAUAACACCAAGGAAAUCUAUUACUGUUGAAACUGAAACUAAACAAAGUACUGAAAUUAAAAUAGAAACAUUUACAAAAGAAACUAUUUCUCAAAAGGAAAUUGACAAUGCUAGAGUAGAAGAAAAAUUAGAUGAUGGGGAAAGAUCUCCAGGUCUUGUAUUUGAAAGUCAAAAAGAUAUAGCUGAAGCUACUUUAAAAGACAAAAUAAAUGCCUAUGAAACUAAAAUAUUACGUGAACCUACGAUUGAUACAACAAAACCUGUCAAACUUACUAAAGAAGCUUUAAGGAGACAUACCCAAGAACAGGACCAAGGCAUUGAAUAUACUCAAGCUUUUGUCAGAGAGCAGUCAAAGCAAAUAGAAAAUCAGAAAAUUAUUGUAGACACUGAAUCAAUUGUCGAUACUGCGAAAUCAGUUAAAGAAACCAUACAACAUUUUGAUUCCAAGACCAAGUACGAGGACAAAACUAAAAUAUUCCCCAAAACAAUGAGAACAGAUUCAACGUUAGUGCAAGUUUCAUCUGAGGAAGAUAGUGAGUUUUUAAAAAAAUCAACAGACUCAGAAACAGAAACUGAGUCACAAACAACAAUUAAAAUUGAAAAAGAUAGAAAAUCCAAAUUCGAACAGAGUAAACAAAUAUUCGUUAAAACUGAUUUUCAUGACACUAUCGUAUCAAAGACAACGUUAAAAGAAGACGACAAAAAGCAACAAGAUAAAAAACAAAAAGACGAUGAUUCUAUAAGCGUAAAGGAACCUAAAAUAGAAGAACUACAAGAAGAAUUGAAAUUAAAGGUCAGCCAGGAAGAACUUACAGAGGUUGCAGAAGGAAAAGACGUAAUUCUGGAAGAGAAAAUUAAAGAAAAGACUGAAUCGCAACCGUCAAUAACCAGCACAAAGUCUGAUUUAAGUAAACAAGCUAAGACCGAUUCAUUAGUCUCAGAAACACAAGAAACAGCAGGCCAAAAGUUAUCUCAAGAAUCCACCUUACCAUCUACAAUUGAUAAAACUGAUUCACUUGCUGAUUUACAACAGAGUACUGAAAAAGAUGUCAGUUUUGUAUCUCAAACGGAAUCAAAGGUGUAUUCCAAAGAAUCUAAGCAUAGGAGUGAUUCUUUGGAUGAAACCUCACAAUUUUCUGAUCUAGACGAUCAAAUGGGUAUGAGUCCUGCGCAUAAACCUUUAUCUGAAAAGCCUAUUAUUGAAGAAGUUAACCAAGUUGAAGAUGCAACUUUAAAAAUUGCCAAAGAUGAAACUAUUAAAUUUUUGAGCUAUGAAACCGAAUAUAGUAAUCAAGGUCAUACAUCUGCUGCAUCAAGUAAAGAAGAUGAAAAGAUAUCUCCAGUCAUAAGUGCAAAAGCGAGACAAUUUAUAGAAACUGUUCCAGAAGAUGAUUCAGUUCAGGAAUGUUUCUUUUCAAAGCGCAUUUACUCUGAUUCAUUGGAAGAAUCUGAUCAUACUGAUUCGAGGCGUCAUUCAGAGGCGGACUCUUUAAAGUCAGAUCAAUCUGAUAUAAAAGCAAAAAUAUCUUCUUCCGAUUUUGAUGAACGAGCGGAAUAUGAAGAGACUGUAGACUCGGGUAGUGGAUUUGGGGACGAAAAGUUUGAAGAAUCUAUUGGUUUUACGACUUUAAAGAUAGAUCCAAAGAUUUUGGAGUCUACUAAGCAAGAUUCAGGAGAUUCUGGUUCACCUCAAACUGAAGAAUCUGAUAUAGUUUUCAAAAAAAUGACACCAAAACGUCAUUCGCGAACUGAAUCUGUUUCUAUAACAAAACUUAGUGAUUUAUCAGAACUAAUACCUUCAACUAAACAAGAAUUUCAUAUGAUUGUCACUGAAGCGGAGGAAACAGAUAGGUUGUCCGACAAAGACGAAGUAUCGGAUAAAAUUUCAUCCGAAAGCAGUAGAGAAAUAGAAAUAUCUGAUCGAAAGUCAUCUGAAGGAAUUUCUGACAGAAUAAGUUCCGAAGAUGCUGUCACUGAUAAAAAAACUUCUUCUGAAGAAGAACACGUGGUAAAAGAGGAAAAGUUGGAGAAGUCUCUUAUAGAAGGUACCAGUAUUGACAAAAUAGUGAAAGAAACGGAAAAAGUAGAAAUAGCUAAAGUUAAAGGAGAACCUUUAGGAAAAGACGAUAUAGCUAAACGUCAAUCAGUAACAUCGGUUGGGUCGGGAUCCGUGAGCGAAUUACGAUUAGACGAGAAGCGACUAUCUGACGCUCAUAGUAUAACUGAAUCAAGAGAUUACACUUUUGAAGAAUCUGAAGAUGAUAUUGGAACUCAAGGCACUCAUGUUGAUAUUCAUCGCGAAAGAGUUGAAAGUAGUCAAGAUAGGGAUACUAAAGCUAAAUCUCCAGCUAAAACUGAGACGUCAAAAAUAGCAAAAUUAAGUCACGGGGACUCAUUGGAUGAUGUAGAAGGUUUUCCAGAAGAUCAUGUUAUGGAUUAUGUACCAAAAUUGCCACAUAUUGCGGAAGUGAGCUCAAUGCCGGAUAAAAAAAUUGUAAGCCAAUUUUUAAUGCGCGAACGUGAAGAGCAAUUAAAGCGUGAACUUCUUGUUCAAGUAAAAAAAGAAGACGGAAUCGUUACAACAGUUGAAACUCAAUCAGAGAAAAAGGAUUUGCCAACUUACAAAACCGAUGUUAGUCAAAUUUCUGACUAUAACAAACUUGUAAAAACACACGAAGAUUCGGAUCCAGGAAAAAUUGCCUCAAUAAAGGAUACAGGAAUGAAACAAAUAUCAGCCCCAUCUGAAGGAAUUAUGUUAUCGGAUGAUACCAAACUGGAUGACAAAGUAUCCUCGACUACAGAAACUAAAAUAGGUGAUUCUGGUGAAAAAAUAAAUAUUACAACUAUGAUUCAAGUCAAAGAAGGGACUUCAGGAGAUAAAAUAAUUAAAACAACGAUCACUGAAACUACAACUUACCCGUCUGGAGAAGAACAUGUUUCUGUUAAGGUAUCAGAACGGGUUGAAUCUUUAGCUGAACAAUUAAUUUCACCAGAAAAAUCCGCAGAUAUCGAAAAAGAAACUAAAUAUGCUAAAAUGACUCAAGAAGAACAAAAUUUAAUACAGGAGGCAGUUGUUUCGACAGAUAAUAAAACUAUUUCUUCCCAAACUGAAACAGUCAUAGGGGAAACAGGUGAAAAAAUUUCAACAACAACUGUUGUCGAACAAACAAUAACACCAUCGGGCGAAGAAAUCACAAAAACGACUGUAACUGAAACCACACUUUACCCAACAGGAGAAGAAAAAACAACAACGAAAGUUUCGGAAUCUAGUCGUUUUUUAGAAAAACGUAUUAUUAAAGACAACCAAAUAAUUCAGAAAGAACAUAAACCAGUAACAGAGAAAUCCAGGGAAGACGUCAUUACUAAAACCCUUACAGAAUCUUCAAAGACUUCAGAAAUUGGAAGUCUUGUUGAACAACCUUCACAUGCGGAUAUAAUUUUAACAACAACUUCAAAAAGUGAUUCGUUAAAAACAGACAAACAUUAUACAUUCGUGGAACCGGAAUCUGCUUUGGAAGAUAGACUACACAUGAUGCUUUUAAAAUCAGAUGAGUCAGAAUAUGAUGAAAAUAAAACAUCAUCCACCGAUAUUCAAACUGAGGUAGGACCAAAUGGAGAAGAAAUAAAAAGGACUGUCAUAACUGACACCAUAAAAUGUGCUUCGGGUGAAGAAAGAGUUAGAACUACUAUAACCGAAGUAACCAAAAAUGCAGCUGGAGAAGAAACAAUAUCAACUAAAGUAUCAGAAUCAGUCAAAUGUACCCAAAUCACUGAACAAUUUGAAGAACCGAAGAAAAAGGUAAAAUCCGAUGAAAUACAAGAUGAAAAGAGCGAGUUAUCCACCGAGGAGUCUGAAACAGAAAUAGGACCCAACGGUGAGGAAAUAAAAAGAACUAUACUAACUGAAAAAAAGAAAUUCCCAUCAGGUGAAGAGCGAAUAAAAACUACCAUUACUGAAAAAACUAAAUAUCCAUCUGGAGAGGAAACUGUAUCUGUUAGAGUAUCAGAAUCAGUGAAAUCUAUUCAACAUACAGAAAAACUAAUUACAACGUUACAAGAACCAGAAGGACAUACAAAAACAGAUGAAUUAGAAGAUAAAACAGCCAAAUCAUCCACCACAGAAACCUCAACAGAAAUGGGACCAAAUGGUGAGGAAAUAAGAAGAACUAUUGUGACUGAGGUGACGCAGUGUCCUUCUGGUGAUGAAAGUGUUAAGACGACCACAACCGAAAUUACGAAAUAUCCAUCGGGAGAGGAAACAGUGUCAACUAGAGUAUCAGAAUCGAUUAAAUCGAGUCAACAACAAACCUUUAUAUCACACGAAACAGACAAAUCCGUGGUUGAUAAAAUUAAACACAAGUCUGUUGUAUUUCAAUCAGAUAUGAGUGAUGAAAUGUUGGAUGAAACGGAUAUAAAACAAGAGCAAAAAAAAGAAGUCUCAACACCAGCAUUAAAAAGUUCAAGAACUAUUGGAGCAACUGAGGACAAAGACGAAACAGUUAUACUUCCAGAUUCAUCAACUUUAAUUCAAGAGUCAACCGAUACUAAAAUAACAACACCAAAGUUUGAUAUUAGCAAAAUAAGAACUGAUACUUUAAGCCAAUUUGAUUUAGAUAUUGACAGUAAGAAAACGAUUCCUACGAAUUUGAAACUAAGGGACACCAAAGAAAUAACAAAAGAUCACGUUACGAGUGUAAUUGAUGAUAUACUACAAAAAGGAACAAUUGUCGCUGCAGCAAAAAGUCCAAUACAUGAAAAAGAUGUCAAAUUGAUUAGUAAAGAAAUAUUGGAAACCGAGAGGAGAUUGUAUGACGCAAGAGUACCACAAAAAGAGGAAAGACGACAUUCGUGUAUAAGUCCUGCCAUUUCAUUAGAAAGAAUUGCUGAAUCUGAAAUAGAAAUGGAAGAAGAAGUCGCAAAAAUAGAAAUUGAUACACAAACAUCAUCAGCGACCUCACAAACGAAAGAAUCUCAAAUAAAAAUGAAAAAAUCUGACUCAGCUAUGAAGCAAAUGGCCGAUAAUAUUGAAAUCAUUAUUAAACAAGCCUCAGAAGACUUAGAUGCUUCAUCUGAAGAAGCGGUCUUUGAAGAAGAAAAACCUCAAGAUCUCCAGGGUGAGGUUUCGGUGGAUUCUAUAAUAGAAGAAGCACUUAAUACUGUUGAAGAUUAUUUAGUUCAAUCCAAGGUUGCGGACGAUGCUCAUAUGGCUAAAAAGAUAGAAAGUACACAGAUUUCUGAGGAUCCAAAGGUUUCCAAGGAGAGGCCAGCUCUUAUGAAAUCACUCUCAAGAGAUAGCGGUGAAGUAGCAAUUAUGCCAAAGAAAAAACAGUCUCGAACAUUUUCUGUUCAAAGUUCGCCGGACGAAGUAGAGGAACAAAUUUACACGGAUUCUGAAUCAGAUAUGGACAAGGCAAAAGUCUUAGAAAUUAUUGAACCAACCUCUGAUAUUGAUGGAAAACUCCCGACCUCGAGUUUUGAUAUUAAGAAAAUUAAAACUGAUUCACUUGACGACGCAGAUGAUUUUCCAGAAAAAGAGGCGGAGUAUUUUGAAGACGAAGGGAAAUUCCCUGGAGACACAGAAUCCAUAAAAUUAAAAGACACACAAUUUCAAGUGCAUUCUGGAGCAAGCUCAACGGCUCAGCCAGGAGUUGACGAUGACAGAUUUUCUGACACAUAUGUUAAGAAGACCCAUUUCGUAGAUAGUGUGCUCCGGUCAGAAAUUGUAUCGAAAUCAACUACGGAAUCAUCUUUAACUACUGUAAUAUCCACUUUGACUAAGUCAUCGGAUGAUGAUCAAAAAUCGGUUCUCGAAGAUGGAACUUCAGCUGAUUUGUCAAAAAUAAGUGGAGCAGACUUAGUAAAAGACCCUUCUAAAACGUCUAUAGAUGCAAAAGAAGAAUCUAGAAUAGAAGACCAAACAGAUGACUUAUCAAAGAAGUCUAUUGACCUUACCAAAGACUACUCUAAAUCAUCUAUAGAUAGUAAAGAUACGUCAAGAGAUUUUGCUACAAAUGAAUUAUCAAAAGAUUCAACCGUAGACUUGACUAAAGAUUUCUCUAAGGUUUCUAUAGAUAGUGUGAAAGAAACCUCAAGAUCACUGGAUGAGAAAACUUUCUCUGAAGAACAUUCUUCUUUUGAUGUAUCAAAAACAUUGGCAUCUGAUGCGUCUGAUAUUAUAACUAAAGGCAAAGAAUUGAUAGAAGAAGAGAUAUCUAUAUUAAGAGCGGUUUCUUCAACAGCUAGCUUUACACAGGAACAAUCAGUUAGUAAUGAAAGCAAAUUGUAUAGUGAACAUCCAAAACUGUCCGAAGUUACUGAACCUAAAAUUGAAACAGAUGCUGUAACUGAUACAGUAUCCAAGAGUGAAAGUGUGUUAGAUGAAAAGGAUGAAGAGAAAGGUCAUUCAAAAGAACCUGAAAAAGAUGAAGAAUCUGAAGUACCUGAUAUAACAGAAUUAAAUAGAAGAUGUUCAAACUUACUUGAAGAUAUUUCGGCACAAGGUGCUCUGAUAAGGAUUGAUUCGAGUCAUGUUAGUCAUGAUCUUUCGACAAAGUUUUCCAAGACUCCACCGCCGUCACCUGUAGAUUUGAUAAUGAAAGAAAAAGUUAAACGCGAAGAAAUUGCAUCGCUAGAUAAACCAACCGGACUGCAACCAAAAGGUUCGGAUUCAUCGUUCCUUGACGCAAAUCGUCAAUCGCCGCGAGCAUCUUCUGCCGGAGACAGCCUUACCAGUGAAACCGAAGCCCACCAAAGUGAAAUACUUACUGAAGCCUCUAAAGCGCUCAGUGCAGCUGCUACACCUAAAUCGCCUACAAAACACGUCGCCGAGAAUAUAACAUUUGUUAAUGUCGAUAAGCCAACAAUCACUGUUGGUGCUCAAGAAUUAGUAGACCGAACAAUAGAAAAAAGUAUUGAUGUUAUUGACCAAAUAAAAAAAGAAAUGCAUGAAGAUAAGCAGGUAUCAUCUACAUCAGAUACAUUUUACUCACAGUCUAAGAUUGAAACAUCGACAUCUUCUUCGUCUAUUCAAAAGACAAUAGAAGGUUCUCAAUUAAAAUUUCAAAGUAUAGAUCCGGAAGCUGUCAUGUCUGAUAUGAUUGCUAAAUUUGGAGCUACAAGUGAGUAUAGUACUGUUUUAUCUCAUAAAGAAACCGAAACAAGAAAAAUAUCUGGACAGGAAUACUUUUCUGAGACAAAACAAGUAUCUUCCUCUGACGAUGAUUCACUUAUUAUAAAAACUGAAACAAGUCAUGAACUUCGGGGACAAGAACAUGAAAUGAAGGAAAAGACUACAGUAAGAAGGGACGGCGAUCAAACUGAAACGUCUCAAAAGAAAAUGGAAAAGGCCCAUGAAGCAACUGCGAAGCGCUCAGAUAUUGAAACGAAAACUGUCUUUAAAAGUACUGACGAUACAGAUAUUGUUAAAAUAGAGCGUGAGUUUUGUGAACAGGGUCUCUACACCGGGAGGCAAACCAAAUCUGAGGAAAGAAUGACUGCGUUAAAGGAUGAAACAAUUAAGAAAAAACAAGAAGUUAAAAUAUCGGAACGGGAUUUAUCUCAUGAACAGUGGGGAAAAGAAUAUUUUACAGAACCUGCAGAGUUAGAGGAUAUAAAAGAUGAUUGUAAAGCUAGAGUUGCUUUUGUUGAUUCUAAUUUAAAAAUAGUAGAGACAGAUGAAACGCUGUGCAGCGUGGAGGUGUCCGAAAAAGGACAAAUAAUCAGUUCGAAGGUAGAGCAUCAUAAAGAAGAAUCUGUUAUUGAGAGUAAGGAACACGAUGACCUUAGUUCUGAUGCUUCACAUGUACCAAGUUUUAAGAGUGAAACCGUCGAAAGACAAGAUUCAUCUGAAGGAAGCCCAAAAAGCAAAUCUAGAUCAUUCAAAAAGGAUGACGAGGUGUAUGAAGUAGAUUUCAUUAAAGAAAUAAAAAUUUCGACGUCACCUGUUAAGAGUACCUUUAGUCGAACAGGAAGUCAAGAUACACAUUCCGAGUCAGAAGUCCUACCCGAACUACCUCAUGAUGAUAAAACUAGUGAAACGCCUCAUAAAGAUAAAGUCUUUAAAUCGCCAGUCAAAUUACCACAAAGCGAAAUGGAAAAUGUAAUACUUGAAGUAUCUAUACAAAAAGAUAGCGCCAAUAUCACCGACAAAACUUUUAGUUCAAAGCCCUGUGAAAUAACGACUACUGCAACGUCAACUACAUUAGCUAUGAGUAGUGAUACAGUCAUAGAUAUAAAAGAAGUAUUAGAAACUAAAGCUGAGUGUAGUUUAAAAACUUCCAAAAUAGACACUUCGCCCAGUACUCAAGAAAUUACUGAUGACCUAAGCACCAUCUCUAAGGAUGCUAUGAUUAAAUCUGGUGAAAGUAUUGAUACUGAAUAUAUGGUAAAGUCUUUAGAAUCUCAUGAAGGUGAAGGUUUACAAAAAUCCAUGGAUUCUACAGUUAGCGCCGAAACAUUACAUCCAUCUGAAUUCUCAAAUGAAGCCGACUCAGCAUUUAUUACAGGAUCUGAUCAAAAAAAAGAGGGACUAAAAUUAUUAAAAGAAAAAAGUACUGAAGACAUCUGUAGUAGUGGUUAUGAUACUGAUUUCUCCUCUGCCGAGUUUCACGGGAUGAAACUUGAGACGGAAAGGGUGGCACUUGAUUCUUUAAUGUCUGCUCAACCUCUUGCUGACUUAUCUGUUUUAGAAAAAACAAUUGACGAAGUUAAGCAGUCUCUUGAAGCAGCGCAAGGUGAAAUAAUAAGUGAAAAAAGUGACGGCAGCAUAAAAUAUAAGCAAUCUCCAUCUGAGUUUCAAUUUAAAAUUUUGUUAAGUCCUGACAGACCAGAAGCUAUAACAGAGGAACCAACCAUGGCUGAAAGCAGUGUUGGAAAACAUGCCGUUACUGAUGACACCAAACAAAGUAUAAUAGAUAUUGAGACUGAGAGCAUUUCUCAAAAAAAUUAUUCCCAGGAAGAAACUUCGAUUUCUGACGAAGAAAGAGCAACAGUUCAGCUUAAAGAAUCUAGUCCACCACUAGAAGCCGAUAUAUCUAUGAGGUCAGAUAGCGGUCCUCAUUCAAUAUUAGAAACUGAAAGUGAUUACGUUCUUUCCGAUAGGAAUGACUCUUCAAAAGGAAGUCCUGAAGUUAAGCUGAGAGUUCAAAAGCAUAUAAAGUCACAAUUAGGCGUCGCUGACAGAAGAUCUACGUCAGAAAUUGAGGGGUGGUCAAGCUCGGGUGAAAGUCACUACCACAGUUUUGAGCAUUCUGAAAGUAGACCAUUAUCGUCGGACGUAGAAGUAAUGAUGACAGCACAAAGUGGGACUGAUUAUGAUACUGCUUUGACAAGUCAAGAUAUAUCUUCUCAAUCUUUAAGAACCUCAAAGGAUUAUUUUACUGCUGGCAGUUCACUUGCAUCGAGAGAUAGCAUGAGAAGUCUCGAUUCGGACGCGUCAAGUCAUGUAGCUAGUAUUGACAUUUCUGAUGCAUCUGAAACACUCGUUCCUUCAGCAAACGAGUUAAAAGAAGAAUUGAUGGAGAGUAGUACAUACGUCGAACAGUUUCUCCAUACUCAAGAAAAAGGAGAAACAAUAAAAACAAAAGAAUCAAGCGAAGACGAAAUCUCUGGUGAUGAAGAAUAUAAAUCUGACGCAGUAGGCCCUGUCGGAAAAAUGAAGAGGUCACAUGAAAUGCGGUUUCAACCAAAAGAUAUGAUACCAGAACAUUUUCCACUCGACGGAACAUCUGAAAGUAUUGAGUUCGAUGACGAUUCCCUUAAAGAUAAAGAAGGCUCAGAUACAACUAUAUCAAGUCAAUUAAAAACUGAUGAAGUGUUAUCGUCUUCAAUUUCCAAAGUAGAUAUUUCUUCAUCUCAAAUAGAUUCAGACCAAGAAGAAAUUAAAGAAAGUGUCACUAAAGCCUCUGUACACCAUCAAGAAGCUUUACCGUUUUCAGUCACCAAAGUAGAAAAAACUCAAAGACAAUUUGUUGAUGUAGAAAGUGAAAUCAUUCCUAUCGGCUCGGCAGAGUAUGAACAAAUACAGACACAUGGAACGAUAAUUGCACCAAUAAAAUCUUCAGACGAUGAAAUAAUUGUGAAGACUGCUAUAAAAAUGGACGAAAGUACGCCACAAAAACAAAUUACAGAAACAGAAAUAAAAGAAGAGUUUGUCAAAAAAGAUUUCCAAGAGAUAGGUGCUAUUCCAUUUCCAAUAACUGAAAAACCACCAAGACAGAGAGAAUUUGUUGAUAUUGAAAGCGACAUAAUUCCCGAAGGCACGAAGCAAUAUGAAGAGAUUCUUAAGUCGAAAAGUGAUUCUUCGGUACCCAAAACGAAAGUUGAAAAAUCAGGAAUAGUAUCGGAAGUGUGCUUAGAGAGUAAACAAAGUUCUACAUCUAGCUUAAAAACUCAUGAACACCUAUCUACACCGCAAACCCCUUUGUCAGCCCCAAGUCAAAGUUCAUUAUCUACAGAUAAUGGAAGAGAAUAUGUCCUUGAUGAUAUGUACGACAUAUCAGAGACCCCAGAGUUAAAAUCAGAUCUACAUACAGUCAGUAGUAAAUCUGAACUUGUGGUUACUACUGAAGAAAGAGCUUUGCAAACUUAUGAAAAAGAACAAGAAUCACCAACAAGUGAUGAAUUUGAAAUGGUUGACAAACCCAGUGAAAUGGACGAUUUUGUUGUAAUUGAAGAAGUUGCUAAAGAAGCACAAGAAACAGAUCCCGAAGGGAAAAGUCUUCGAAUUAAGUCCCAAGUUUACGUGAAACGUCAUGACACUGAAGUAGAAGAAUAUCUGUCAAAAACAUCAAAAAAACAAGAGAGCACAAGUAGUGCAUCUGGCUCUUUAUCAGAUGAAGAAUUGCAACUAUAUGAGCUGGAACAAAAAAGAAUUCAAGCCCAAGAAUUAGCUGAAAUUGAAGCAGGUAAACGAUGGAUACAGAUGCAAUUUGAAGGAGAUCCAAGAUAUGACUACGAAAGAAUUCCUUUGGAAGACAUUAAAGAAGAAGAAAUGACUGACUUUGACAAUAGUCGAAUUGGGAGCUUAAGUUCUCAAAAAGAAUCUAUUGGGAGUUUCGGAAGUUUUAGAAACUCUUAUGGAAGUCUCUCGGAAUCUGAAAUGGCCUCGCGAAUGAGGUUUAGGUUGAAAGGCGAAAAUGACGAUAUCUCAAUCAGUUCACUUCAAGAAUUUGAAAACUUAGAAAGAGCUUUGAUGGAACAAUAUAACCAACAUUCAUCAUCUCAGGACUCUUUAAAUGGCUCUCUACCAAGGCGAUAUAUAUUAAGUAGAAGUCAAGGUGAUGACAUAUCUGUGUCGAGUUUAAAAGAAUUUGAGGGGCUGGAAACAGCUUGCCUUGAAGCAUUGAAAGCGGAAUUAAUUGCGAAACAAAAAGAAGCUUUGUUAUUAGCAGAUCCAAAAGUUGUAAGUGGCAGUUUCUUGGAGCAAGAGAAACGUUCAUAUGACAGCAGCAGUGAAAGUAGUCCCCCACUAAAAAGUAGUGGAAGUCCAGGUCAGAAAAGUGGUAGUCCUUCACAAAAAAGCGGAAGUCCAUCUCAAAAGGUUGGAAGCUAUGGCAGCCCAUCACAAAGACUUCUAGCUGAUUCUGCAGCAAUCCGCAAACUUAUAGAUCAACAAUUAGCAUUAGAGCAAAGAAUGCAAGAAUCACGACCGAAAGUAGUAGUCGUGAAAAAGACUGAUGAAAGAGGCUCAUUUUUUGUACCAGAACCUUUACCAGGGACAUCAGCAGAUAAAGUAUGUGAAGUAGAAGAGGAAUGUAAGAAAGUAUCAACUUUUACCUGCGCUGCAGCUCCGAGUGAUGGUUCCGCUGAAUCUAUUCCUGGAGAUUGUGAAGAAAUGAUGAAAAUUUUGGAUCAAGAGGAGAAAUCUAAAGCACAGAUAAAUCAAGAAGAAAGUAAACAGUUAGAGGGCGGAGUUAUCGAAAUUGUUAGAACAACGACUGUUAUUCAGCAAAAAUUUGUUGAUGGCAAAAAAGUAUCUGAAACUAUUAAAAGUUUAGACUCUGAAGGCGGCAUAGACAUACCGAGUAGACCAAAACAUAUCGAUGAUAAUGCUAUGUCGUUUAGCUCUGAAAUGUCUUCAUCUUUAGCUUCACAGCCAUCAGAAAUGGAUAGUUUGAUGACAAUAAUUGAGAGGUAUCCUUCGGAAACAGAAAUCGUCACAUAUACUAAACAUACCAUAACAACUUCGGAAAAACACGAGGAUAAACAGGAAGAUUUCGAUUUCUCUAGAGAAGGAAGUGCAGUGCGUGAGCUAUCGCCCUCCUCUGGGAGGUCGGUAGCUCAUAGCACUGUUUCAGGAAAACAUUUUACAGAUCCAGCAAGCGGCUCAUGGAGCGGUCAAGACGAAGAAUUAAGUUCCUCUGGAAGUUUUAGUCGAGCUCGGGCAGACCUCAUGUUAGGUAGCACAGAUAGUUUAGAAGCCACUAGCUCCAAUGCAACGAGAGCAACAUAUAAUUACGAAGUAGAUACGCCUAUGACUGGAAGUCUUACAUCUGGAGCUUUCCGCUUCGCCAAGCUUGUUACUAAUCAGAGAGAUAACAUAGCGCGCCCUCCAGGCUCAAACACGAUGGUCUCUUCGCUUGACACCCUAGAGCCGGUCACAGCCGUUCAGAUGGAGAGUUUAGAACACCAAUCAACAAGUGAACAUUACUCUCAAGAUUAUGAGGUGCACGAACCUGAUUCUGACACCGAAAGACUGGAGCUAGAUGGUCGUAUCCCACAGGCUAAGGAGCGGACUAUCAUGUUUGAUAGUACGGACACUCUUAGUGCAGUGAGCGGCGAUGGAUCAGUUAGAGAAGCAGCUGUUGAAGCGCCAGCACCAACCUUCUAUAUUGGAGACACGCCAAUUCUCAAAGGGGAGAAAAAGGAAGACCAAGAAGAUAUUCAAACAACACUAUCAGGAAGCUGUCCGGCAGCACUGCCUCCAGCUGCCCAGUCAUCCCCCCCUGUUCCAGCCCAGAGAAGCUGCUAUUGUUUAAGUCACUCGCAAGAAAAUGUCGGAAAAUAG